AUGGAUGCUUUGUGUGAUCUUGGGGCAAGUGUAGGCUUGAUGCCCUAUUCUAUUGCAAAGAGCUUGAAUGUUGGAGACUUGAAGCCAACAAGAAUGUCCCUACAAUUCGCCGACCGCACUGUUAGGCUACCUUUGGGAAUUCUAGAAGAUGUACCGGUGCAAGUUGGAAGAGAUUUUGUGCCAUGUGAUUUUGUGGUAAUGGAGAUGGAAGAAGAUACAAGGGUACCCCUCACUUUAGAGGACUUGGAAGAGUUCCAAGAAGGAUUGUAUGAAAGAGAUCCUUCACAAGCUAUCCUAACGGGAGGCUUAGUUGAGGAGGGUGAAGAAGCAAGGGGGUAUGAUCUAUUGCUCAACCAACCUUUAAUCCACGAUGUAAUGAAAUGUGAAGUACUUGACGUGAAAGUAAAAGAGGAGAGGACUACGCCUCCUCUUAAGGUUGAACUUAAACCCCUUUCCCCUCUACUUAAAUAUGCUUUUCUUGAUGAUAGUAAAAGUUAUCCCGUUAUUAUCAAUGCUAAGCUUGAUGACACUUCUCUUGAGAAACUCCUAGUUAUUCUAAGGGAGUAUAGAAGUGUCAUUGGGUAUAAAAUUGAUGACAUUAAGGGGAUAAGUCCCACCAUAUGCAUGGAUAAGAUCUUACUUGAUGAUGAUCAUGCUUCCUCAAUUGAGCAUCAAAGAAGGCUCAAUCCUAACAUGAAGGAAGUUGUGAAAAAAGAGGUUUUAAAACUUCUUGAAGCGAGCAUAGUCUACCCUAUCUCCGAUAGUAAGUGGGUUAGCCCAGUUCAAGUUUUGCCUAAGAAAAGAGGCAUGACCAUCAUUAAGAAUGACAAGGGUGAGACCAUUUCUACAAGGAUGUCAUUUGGACUUUGUAAUGCACCUUCCACUUUUCAAAGGUGUAAGAUGUCCAUUUUUUCCGACAUGCUUGAAUCAUCUAUUGAGGUAUUCAUGGAUGACUUUUCGGUUUUUGGGUCAUCCUUUGACACUUGUCUUUCAAAUUUGGUCAAAGUGUUAAAAAGGUGUCAAGAGGUGAACCUAGUUCUAAAUUGGGAAAAAUGUCAUUUUAUGGUAGAGGAGGGAAUUGUACUUGGUCAUGUGAUUUCUAGUAGGGGAAUCGAAGUUGAUCGUGCCAAAAUUGAGGUAAUUGAGCACCUUCUACCCCCCACAAAUGUGAAGGGGAUUAGGAGCUUUCUUGGACAUGAAGGCUUUAACCGCCGGUUUAUUAAGGAUUUUUCUAAAAUCGCAAAGUCGCUCACUCAAUUGUUGGUAAAGGAUACCCCUUUUGUGUUUAGUAAUGAUUGCUUGCUAGCUUUUGAUUGGUUGAAGGAGGCUUUGAUUCUGGCUCCUAUUAGGGGUGAGCAAAGACCCAGGGUACACGGUACCGGACCCGGAACCGGUUAA